GACAAUUGCUGUUGGACGUCGACUGGGGGAUUCUCUUUUCGAAGCGAGAUACUCAGCGCAGGUGAAGCGGGAGGCGAAAAGAUUCAAGGUCCUCCACCUUUGUCUUGUGCGACAAUGACAUAAGGCAAGAAAUCCCGAUUCCAACAACUGCACUCGACGACUGUCCAAACAGUCCGCCUUUCCUGUCAACAACGUCCCCCAGCGCAUCAACUAUCGAUCGACGACCGCAUUGACUUCAACUCUGGAGACUCUGUGCGUAUCCCUACACCGUUAUUUCGCAAAGAAUGUUCCGGGACAAGCGUAGACCUCGCCGCUAGGGUCUGCAGGCAGUUGCACCCCAGGCUCUCCUUUAUGGUUGACCAAUCCCUACACGCGAUCUUCGCACGUUGUGUCUGCUGCAUACUUAGAACAACUACCGGGCUACGGAAGUCUCAGGCCGCAUACACUGUCGUCCACCAUCAUUGAGCCACGUCGUCGGCCCGGCGCUGUGGCACUUCAUCCUCGAUGCAAUUCGGCGCGGACCUGAUCAUCCAGAGCCAAAAGGCACAGAAAGCCCCCGCAACGACAAGGGUUCGACGGGGAGAAAAGACAUGAAACACACAAGAUCAUGAGGUGGCAAACAUCAUCAUACCUGCAGUGCUAUUGUACGACAAAAUCUGGCCCUCAAUAGCCGCACUGAUGGACUGACAAUGCUGCAUCGGCGCUCGUUCGAGGCCAUCCAAGUUGCCCAACUGUUACACAAACAAUGUCUGGCCCACCAAAUCUCGCUGAAAUUCCACAGCCUUUCCGCAUUUCGGCAGUCUGUCUCCAUGCGACCGCAGUUGCCAUUUGACAAUCGACCAUGUAUAGAUUGUCACCAUCAGGGCUCGGUGUUGGCAGAUCAGGAUCCUUGCUACAGAAGACGUUGUGUAACCCUGUUCCAGAGUCUUGAACCCGGCUUCAACUGCUCGGUGCCCUUCGAUCAGUGCUUGAAGGACCUCAUCUGCUGUAUGUCUCCACAACGCCGUCUGGGUAUAUCCUGGUGCAAAGAAUACGACUCGGUAUCGUAUUGCUCGAACAAUUAUCGGUAACCGGAAGCGAGAACAGAACGUUGGCUGAGUUAACUGUUCACCUGCCAUCCUCGGGUUGUAGGUGCCAUCUGUCCCAAUGCCAUAAGCUCGCAUGAUAAGAUUAGCGCGCUCGUCUUCUGGGAGGUCGUUCUGCUCUUUGGUGGAAUUGGGGCGAAAUCGAACAGGUGAGAACAUGUGGCUUCCUGAUGAUACCCUAGCAAUUCUCAUGGCCCCAGCCGGAGGGUACUUGGCUGCUGUCCAUGAAUUUCAAUAGGAUGAGGUUGACAAACAGGGAAUGGGGGUUACCGUUGGCCGCAAGUUGCAUGUCGAUGUUAUCCACGCUUUGUUGGUGAUCCUGAAUCCACAUGACACCUGCAUUGCAAACCACAAUGUCGAUUUCCGGAAUGUCGGGGCAUUUUCAUAAUCCGCUUUGCGGCUCGCUUCACCGAACACUGACUGAAAGAAUCGAGGUCAAGGUAUUGGGAAUGAACUCAGGAUACUUUGGGCGAGUUUAUCUAUCACGCCUGGACGUUGUUUCUCAUGUCCUCAAAGGUUCAGGUGGGCUCCCAGCUACCGAGCGGCAAGUGCCUCUGUAGUACUCUGGCUGAGGCCAUACAUGAGGAGAGACGCGGUGAUGAGAUGAUCUUACCGGUGAUAUGUUCCAAGAACCUUGCAGCAAUUUCUGAUGCUUUGCUCGAGCUGUCGAACUCGGACGAAUUGCCAUGUUCGCAGCGAUGUUCCUGAAUGGCUUAAGAUGAUGAAGAAAAGAUGUAUGUGACAGCUUAGACCUCGCAGAGGGAGUUUGAUGUCUUGUUCUGCUCACCUGGGCACAGGCCUGUCCACGUCUUUGACGCAUUGUCAUCUUUUCUUCGGCUACUCUUCGCAAUUGUUAUUUGGUGUCAAUUACUGCAUAAACAGGCCAUAAGGAGGACUCGUCGCCAGAAGUCGAGAUGAAUGCAUGUUUGCAGCCUUCGGAUUAGUGCUGGCUUAGCCACUGGUGGAACCAAUGAUAUUCUAUGAGGCUAUUGGUGAU